GUCGGCGUGGGACACGUGGGAUGCUCUUUCUUGUGACGCAAAAAUGCGACUUUUGUCUUCACGCUUGCCCUUCGUGUUUUUCUACAACAAAGCAGGUCAGGAAUCCCACGCUCAGCGUCAUUGUUGCAUUUAUCUACGACGUUAGUCUUGGUGACACAAUGGAUUCGAUUUCUGAAACAUGUGUAUCUGCUACCUUCGUCGUACACGCUGUCUCGGGACGGUACCGCUCUCGCACCACCCCGAGGCUCCGAACUUGAUGUGACAGCGAUGGAUUCGUGAAUCUUAUGCAUCCGACCCCUGAAGAAUAACUGGCAUCGACGCGUUUACAUUUAUGAAAUUUGUUUUGGUAAACUGCAGUGACUGUCCAGUCCUUUCCAACGAGACGUGAUUUUUUUCUCCAACCGAUGGGUGGCGCUCUACUGUUUGCUUCGUACUCUCGCUACCACGUGCUUUCUAUAUCAGAUAUUCAACACGACCGAAGGCAGCUUGCUGACAGCAAUUUGUUCAAAUCAUAGACACGAAUAUUUUGCUCAGCCUCUGCCUUUUUGUUCGUCCAGCCUGGCUGUGCUGUCGCUCAAGGUCAGAGUAGUCGGUCGUAUGACAGAGUAAAUUUGAUGAUUUUUCAGAUUGAGGUCACGGAGAAUGGAAAAGGGAUUGGAGUUAUAGUGGGACCACAUUCGUCGUCAGCUCGGUCAUACGCAGCUCUUGCAGAAUACUCAUUCUGUCCGUGAACUUGAACAAUUUUUCUAGCUUCCUUCUCGAAAUACCUCCUAGGUGGCGAUAGUUGUCCGUGAACGAAGGACAUAUUGUGAGAUAUAUGCCGUCAUGUUCAUUUGUUAUCAUCUUGAUGCGUGCUCAAGAGCUGUCCAAGGCUGAUCAUCACAUUAGGAAAGGCCUCGGCCAAGAUGUUUUUCGUGUUUCUUCUGCUGUUCGCGUCGUCGAGUAACGCCAUCACAGUCGGUGUCCCCAAACCACAGUCGCUCGGCUUUCCUAGUGAACUGUCCCUCGGUGACGAUACAGCCGCAAUGUGUAUCGUGAAGAGAACGACCGGCGAAGCGUACCGUGUCUUUUGGGAGAAAGAGGGCAAAGAAAUUGUGUCUACAGAUCGAAUGGUCGUGUCGCGGUUGUCGCAAUCUAGCGUCACGUUAAGCAUCAGGAAGAUCAUGGCGACGGACGUGGGGAAUUACUCCUGCGUUGCGAUGAACUCUCAUGGAACCCAGAAAGUAACCAUUCAACUUCUUAUCUCAGCUGCUCCCGUCUGGUCGACUGAACCUAAUGAUGCGGAGGCCAUUGAAGGAAAGGACCUGUACCUGCCCUGUGGUUCCGUGGGAUAUCCCCAACCGAACACCGUUUGGAAAAUGCAGAUCGGAGGACGAGACUUUGUACACGUCCAUUCCUUGGGGCGCCGUAAGGUUCUGGACAACGGAACGCUCGUUAUUCGAGCUGUGGAAUCGGACGACGCCGGCCAGUACAGGUGUGACGUCAGCAACUCCAUCGCGCCACCUCUGAGCAAAACGAUCACGGUCUCGGUUCACGUUCCUCCAAAGAUUGCCAAAGGCACAAGUGAAGCUUCCGUCAAGCGAGGCGACAUUGCAAAGAUAGCUUGUGACGUCACGGGCGAGCACCCUCUUGUAGUGACGUGGGAGAAAGGAAAUAAACCUCUUAUCAUGUCAAUUGAGAGGUACGAAAGCCACGAAGACGUCACUCUCAACGGGGUCCAGUCCGUGCUCGUCAUUCAUAACACGGUCAAAGACGAUGCCACCCAAUACUACUGCGUCGCUAAGAAUAAUUAUGGAGAGACCAGAGACGUGUUCAGUUUGGUUGUACUCGAACCGCCGGCAAGUCCGAGCAACGUGGUGGUUCCCGAGCGCGGCAGUCGUCAGGUUCAGAUCAAAUGGUCCCAACCCAGCAAGCAGGUCACCAGGUACCUCAUCCGAUACUGGAAAAAGUCUGGCAAAGGUAGCGUACUUCAAGAACGGGAAGUGGACGGUUCCCGAGCCUCCCUGACAGUGUCCAACUUGCAUCCUGGUACCGAGUACGCAGCCGUGGUACUUGCGGAAAACUCCGUGGGCUUUGGCGAUCCUUCUGACAUUGUGUCAUUCACAACAGCUUCGGAAGCUCCCGGAGCACCACCCAUGAACGUCAAAUGUGAAGCCAUCGAUACCAAGAGCAUUAAAGUCGUCUGGGAGCCUCCUCCGGCAGACAAGCUGAACGGCGAGCUGCGAGGUUACCAGAUCAGCUACAAGCUGGAUGGGACACCAUUCAGUCACGAGUCCGUGAGCCGAAACUCGAAACACAAACUUUUCACUGGGCUUCAGGCAGCGUCCAUGUACACGUUCAUGGCGAAGGCCUUCAAUGACGUCGGUCCUGGUCCUGCUUCUGGACAAGUCUCUUGCGCUACACUCAAUGGAGAUCCCCCAUCUGUUCCAAGCGUCCGUGUGACAGGCAUCACAUCCUCAUCGGUGAGCCUCAACUGGAACACAGUGCAGCCUGCAGUACCCGUUAUUCAGUACGUCAUCCAGUACGGAACGGACGACGGCCAGCGGUCCGAUCUUCAUCUUCCGGGAAACAAGGACACCGUCACGCUACGGGACCUGCGCAGCGGAACAAGAUACAAUUUCCGUCUGGCCGCCUACAACAUGUAUGGGCGUGGUGACUUCUCCCAUAAUUUGCCAGCCGUCACGCAUUUAUCGGACGGCAGACCGCUGCAAGUGACAACGGAAAGUCAAGUUCCUUUCUACUACCGUACCUACUUCGUGGUGCCCGUCGCCGCCUCUUUCACGGUCAUUAUUACUGCAGUUGUGAUUGCCUGGGCGUGCCUGAAAAGGGCAACCAUCAUUCAGAAAAGCGCGUACAGGCAUAUGUACGGUUCUGAAUGCUAUGGUUACACAAAACCACCGCCAGGCACUCCUUUGGUUAGUGGAUACGCUCGGGGAUCCUAUGCUCCUACUAUGGAGCCAGCUGAAGAAGCCUACGACAUUCCUUGGGACAGGGCAGGAAUGAGCACCGACGGCAGUUACGCUAGGCUCAAGACACAGGGGAAGCGAAACAUCGUCUAGUGGCGCCAACCCUGAUGCCAUGAGUGCAGUGAAACUGGUUCUCCGAUCGUGGUUGUCAUUCUGGUUGCUUUCACAAGAUCCGUGCGUCACAAGCUACUUAUCUGUGUACAUAGACCAACAGCGUCAUAUAACUGAGCUACUACUUAAAUAUAUUCUCAGUCAGUCACACCACGGUUACACCAUAAAAAGACGCUAUAGAUGCUUGGUGAAAGGCGCUCAUCACCGCUCAAGGCGCUCAUCGGACAAAGUGAUCGUGUAACAAAGGAAUCUUUUGAGGUGUGGUAAGUAUUAGACCUGCAUUACGGAAUAGAAUCUCGUGUUGGACGUCAAAUAUUUCAACGCAUUUUGGCUGUUGUAGAUUUCAUAUCAUCGAUGGUUUGUCGUGUGUAGAGAUCGUGGCGAAUAAAAGAUAAAAGUUC